AAACGAUCCACAGUAAAUGUGGAGAAUCAUCAGUGUCAACGUUUAAAUUUUAAAAUGUUCUUCCUCAGUUCGUCCUUUUUUCUGAAUUUACUUGGUGUUUUCACUUUUAUUUUGAUAUCUGUAUAUUUUUAUAUCAAACACAAAUUAAGUUAUUGGAAAAGAAGAGGAAUUGCUUCACCACCCACUCAUUGGUUCUUUGGAAACUUCAAAGAUGCAAUUCUUGGUCGAAUUUCUGCUGGCAAUCUCCUCGGUAAACUCCACCAGGAAGCAGGAGAUGAGCCAUUUAUUGGAAUUUACAUAAUGCAUAAACCAUUUUUCCUGAUGAGAGAUCCAGAGCUCAUCAAACAAGUUCUUGUGAAGGAUUUUCAAAUCUUCCAGAACCGCUAUUUUUACAAUGAAAAAACCAAAGACCUUAUUGAUAGCACCAGUCUCUUCUCCAUUAACAAUCCUGAGUGGAAAUAUUUGAGAAUGAAGCUUUCGCCAGCUUUCUCCAGUGGAAAACAAAAAAAACUUUUCUCGUUAAUGAUAGAAUCUUCAGAAAAUAUGAUAAAUUUUCUUGGUGGUCAGUUUACCGAGACUGAAAAAGUAAAAAAUGUCGACUCUCAGAAUGUGUCUCUCAGAUACGUCACAGAUGUUAUAUCUUCUCUUGCUUACGGAGUGAGAACCAAUUCUUUUGGAAAUGAUCAAGAAUUUUUUAAUCGUAGUCGUGAACCUUUGAAGAAAUCUCUCGUAGGAUCAAUUUUGCUAUUUGCAAACUUUUUUUUUCCAGCUUUCUCAAAUUUCUUGAGUAUUUUUCAUAAAGGCAUAUUGAGAAGUUCUACAAACUAUUUUCGUACUUUGUUUUGGGAUGUGAUGGAUCAACGUGAAAAAUCAGGAACCAAAUGGGGAGAUUCCAUCGAUCUUUUAUUGGAAAUAAAAAAGGAGAGGGAUAAGUUAAAUUUCGAAAUUCCCGAUGACACACUUUUGGCGCAGCCUGUUAUUUAUGCUAUAGCUGGGAUCGAAACCAGCUCUGUAACAAUGGCACUAACACUCUUCGAAUUGGCAAAAAAUCCUAUUCUUCAGGGUCAAGUCAGAAAAAAUAUUCAAGAAGAGUUGAAAAAAGACGGAUUUACUUAUGAAGGCAUUCAAGGAAUGAAACUUUUAUAUCAAGCCAUUUAUGAAACUAUGAGGCUUUAUCCUGCUACACCAAUUAUUGACAGAGUUGCAUUAAAAGAUUAUAAAAUUCCUGGAACAGAGAUUGUACUGGAAAAAGGUACAGCGGUUUAUACAGCUCUCAAUGGCCUUCAUGAAGAUCCUAGAUUUCAUAAAGAUCCAUUAAAAUACGAUCCAGACAGAUUCAGUGAGGAAAGAAAGGGCGAUAUUGUCCCUUGUACUUAUUUACCCUUUGGUGUCGGCCCCCGAGCUUGUAUAGGAGAGCGCGUUGGAAUGCUGCUCAUUGCAGUUGGAUUAGCGACAUUGCUACGAGACUACGAAGUUGCUCUAAACCCUUUGCAUAAAUGUGAAAUAGAUCCACAGGAAAUUUUUGUUAGACCAUUUGAUGGAGUGAAGUUAGAUUUAAAGAAAGUUUUCGAUUAGGAUGAGCAAAUUCUUAUAGUAUUUUAAAAAUACAGUCUCAAAGUUUAAUGACGAAAAAAAUGGUUGGAAAGACUGUUUUAAUUCCGACUUUUAAUUUUUAUUUAGGGUUUAAAAUACGCAUUCAAAAAAAUAUUUGAUACAUUUUUUUCAAUGAUUAU